UGUAAAUUUCGAAUGACAGCGUAAAUAUGCGGUUGUGCAUAUAGUAUUGCAGUUCUUGUCUGUUUUUAAUAAUAACUUAAUUUGUGAGUUGUGUCGUUGUGCUCCACUCGUAUUUAAAUGGCUGCAGAAAGAUAAAAUUGUGAAUCAUGGCUCCUGGCAUAAAUGGGCGACAGACCGGAACAGUGCCGAAGACGAAGGCACACAAUGAUGCAUCAAGGGAUAUUGUUCAGAUACAGAGAGAGCAAAGUUUUAAUAACAUUCCUAACAAUCUUGUUACCUUGGACUGGCAGCCCUCAUCAGACAUGGGACACACUCGAACACGAAAGACAAGUAAUACUCAGUCAGCGUUGCUUGACUACUAUGAUCUUGGACCUGAAGGAAGUUCAGUACAUGACAACGGCAGAUUUGCAUCACCUCAUUACUCUCAUGCUGAAGAGCAGCAAAUGGCAUGGGGUGUAAUAAAUCGCUGCUCCCAAGAAGUGAAUGGGCAUAGUGAGGGUUCAGCCUCUACAUCAAGUAGCUCAAGGCGGAGCAGAACACCUCGUAAUGUUCUGUCAGAUCACAGGAGGAAGAGUAACAAUAUUACCAAAAUGCCUGAUAGAAAUCAAGUUGUUUGUCGCUUGAAUCAAAUCCGUGAUUACAUCAAACAGACGUCUUCUCUGAUGGACACACUGAAGAAUUCAGGGGACCCGCGCCACAUAGCCCAGUAUCACAAGUUGGCCAAGAUGGUGUCAGAGCUGAGAGAGAGUGAAGGGAGGCUCCAGGAGUUCCUUCCAUCUUUGGAGAAGGACCUUGAACCCAAGACCCAAGAAAAUAAAUCAGGGACAGCUGUAGCAGAGUGUGGCUCUGAGGUGGGAAGCUCCAUGACGGACCUGCCAAGUAUUGGUGUAAACUCACAUACCAGUCCAGUUCCACCUGGAGGGGGCAGGAGAGCGGCUGAUGGCUCUACCGGUGGCAGAUCUCGUUCUGAAGAACUUGGUGGAGCAGUUCUGAAGUCAUCAGAUUCAGCACGAAGGAAUGAAUUAAAAAUGAAAGUGGAGGAGUCCCAAAGAACGUUGCAGGUCCUGCAGGAGCACCAGGCUGCUUUGCUCGUUCUUCAAGAGAAAGCACAGGAGCAGUUGAAAGAAGCCAGAGCAGCACAGGGUAUCUUAAUGGCACGUGCUGUUGGAGUUCAGUGCGCCAGCUCCUCGCCAUCUCUUGUCCCUCCCACAGGGGAGGAACGUUCUGCAGGAUGUACGAAUGGAAUUUCAAAUUCACAAAGUAUCAGUGGUUCAGCUGGUCUCCAGGGGAAUAUGCAGAACAUUUCUGAUAGGCUCCAAACUCUCCAUGAGUUGUAUGAGAAUAGAAACCAGCUGGUACAGAUGCUUGGGGAGGGAGAUGAAGAACUAGUGUCUGAGCAACUGGUGUUGCAUGACAAGCUGCAGGAACUGCAGUACAAGAAACAGCAUAUGGACCAUCUGGUGGCUGAGUUUCAGACUAUCAACAAUCUUCCUGCUGUAGCUACAGGCUCACAGGCAGAUGUGGGGAGCAGCAAAGAUGGGAGCGAUGGUGAGGCAGAGUGCUCGGAUGGUGAGGCAGACUCUGAGAUUGUGCGGGACAAGAUAGCAGAGUUGAACAGGAUGAAAGCACAGCUUGCCCGGCUGAAAGGGAUCAUGUCAGCAGUUCAGAACAUAGAGAGCAGCGAUGGAACCAUUCAGAAUGGGAUUGACCAGGAACCAGGGUCAAGAGAAGAUGGUGAGGACCUGGAAGCUGAAGAGCAAGCUGUAAACCUUCGAAGACAGAAGAGAGAUAAAAGUAGAGGGGGAAGUGUGAGAAGUGUAGCACGCAGCAACAGCAACACAAGUGCCAGUGGAAGCAGCAAGCCUGACAACAUUGUGCAGGCGGGCUCAGAAGUGGACAGAGCAAGGGACAUCCAGCACAAGACUGCACAACUUCAAGAAGCCAAGGCACGGUUGCAACAGCUGCAGGACCUGAUGGCUGCAGUGACAGACUUCCACAACCGUGGGCAGCCCGUACCGGACCAGUACAUUGACUUGCUGAGCCAGGAAGUGGCCCGAGAAGAAGAGCAAGGGGUUGCCGGGAGAGCAGAGAUUGCACCAACUACUGUCUCCAGGAUGCAGAGGCGCAGUGUAGAAAGGGAGAGGACCCCAGUCAAACAGCAGGUCCUUGACAGUGGAUUGCCAGAUGGCUGUGAGGUCACAUUGGAAGUGGUGCAGGCCAUGACUCGUGACCUGCGUCAGCAGACGCGUAGUCUGCAGGAAGAACGAGAACGAUUGGUUUCAGCGCAGAGGGAACUGGGCAAACUUCAGCAGGUGCUUCCUCUUCGGGAAAAGAAGACCAACACACAGGUUGAUGCUCAGACACAUCAGCAGCUGCUGCUUCAUGCAGAGUUGCAGGCCAAGAGACGAGAAUUAGAGGAAUUGAUGCGGAAAGAUCAAGGGCAGACGUCGGCCAUCAAUCAAGAUGUGUGCAGUGAAGUCUCUGCAGACAAGUCUGAUGCGCCAGCAUACAGUUUCCUGGCUGAAGGAACAACAAAUGCUACGUGGGGUGGCUCGACACAUGGAACACUGGAUGAUCUAGCAGAACAGGAUAAUGAUAUCCAGGAGCAGAGUGCUGGCUACUCAAGUGAUGAAGGCCAGGAUGGAGAUGAAGAGGAAAUCUGUGCCCUCCAUGCCAGCCCCUCCCAGCAGCUGAGACAAGCACAACUAAACAACAGUAAUAAUAACAACAAAGAUCCUUUGUCACAGACAACAACAACCACAAGGGAGCUGCUGAGUAUGUCCGUAGAAUCUGGUCGCUUGUCACUGUCGGGAAAUAUCAACACGGACAACAGUAAUGCUGCAAGUGUAGCUGGAUCUAGUGGCCGGGUCCCUCUUCCUGCAGGGGGUUGCGCUCAUGCACAGAGGCAAGGUCCUGCCUCCCACAAUGUUUGGAGGAAAGCAUCUACAGACAGUGGCAUGUCGGUUCCAAGAGCUGUGUGGACCCCAUUAUCUCAGCAGGCGAGGCAGGAGAAUCUUUGUGCUGCAGAGGAGUUAGUGUCAUCAUCCAACAAUCUGGACACCAAUAACAGCAGCAGUUCUGCAACCCUGCAUAACACAGGCCUUGUGGGCUCCAACACCAGUCCCAGCUGGUGGCAGCACCGAGCACUUCAGCUGCAGCAUCAGCUGGAGGUCACCAGCAACUUGUGCCAGAGCAUGCUGGUGGAGCAAGCACAGCAGCAGCAGCAUGGCAACAACUUACAGCCAUACUGGGGGUUCCCCCCUCCACCAUACCCAACCACACCCCACCCUCAGGCCCACUCCAUCACAGCAGGUGGGCUUGGCGGUCACCUCCUUCCGACAAGUGUUGCUUCUGAUGUUUAUUAUCAACAGUUGCUUGCAGCCAGUCAAUUACAGCAGCAGCAGAUGUUGCUGACAACAGUGACUCAGUGUUGCCAACUCCUGUGGCUGCAACAAAGAGAGAUGGUGGCUCUGAGGUCAGCAGUUCAGGCUCUUCAAGAGAAAGCAUCUCAUGGAAAUGGCAGCCGUGGAGCCGAAGGUUACUCAUCACCUGUCAUGAUUGGGCAGUCUGAAGAAGCUGUACUCGUCACUUCCAAUCAGAACAGUGCACGUCCAACACCACAUCAAUCCCAGUCAAACCUAACAAGACUCCAACAGCCUACAACUGGUCCUACCAUGACUUCCUUUACUCCCUACCAGAAUCUGAAACCAAGUUAUAGCGGAGGUCUGUUCCAGUCACCCGAGGAAAUGACUGCCUCAUCCGGAGUAACCAGUGCCCAUUCCCUUCCGAAUCUUUCGCAGACGACCUCUGCCAACUCCGUAUUCUCCCCUCACCAUGCUGAUGCAGUCCCUUCAAAUGCACCCUUGAAUAAUGCUGCCGUCCCUUCAAAUGCCCCCUUGAAUAACAUAGUUCCGAACUUCGGUUUGAGCCUGGCACCAAAUUCUCCUGUUGCUGGCUCCUUAGCCUUGUCAUUUCCUAUGAAUAACAAUGCGAACUUCAACAACCGAUCCCAACAGCAAACUCUCUCUUCUUUGAUCCAGUGCUGUGCCCCUCAGCCAGGUUCAUGUGCCCCUUGGCUGCAGCAGGGUGCUACAGGGGGAACACCAGGACUCCUACAAGGGCAGACAAACCCCUCACCUGUACCAGCCCUCAACAAUCAGGUCCCACCAGGAAACAGGGCAAACAACUACUGGGAUAAUUUUAGAAGCUACUCUCGUCAGAACCUUCUGUCAACAAGCACAAAGAGUAAUGAAGGUGUCUCACACAGCCCAAGCCCCCUGGUGGAUCGGUCUCACAACACCUUGCGGAGUUCUUUUACUCAUUCUAGCAGCAUAACGACUGUGGACCCACAGCCAAGUACAGUGGUCCUGUCGCAGGGCAUAGGAGCCAUAUUUUCUAGUCCAGAGCAGAACAUGUCCCGGAAGGAAAAGCUGAAUACAGAACAAUAUCAGAGCAGCCAGGACAGUAUAGGUCUCCCUCAGCCAGCCCAUAGCAAGGUGUCGGACACUACUGGACUGCAGUACCAACUGUUGGGAGCACCAAGUGCAUGCAGCUGCUGUCCGAGAUUGAGGGAGCCCCCCCAGUGCAGUGGUAUCCAACCUCAACAGAAUAUUGCAACACCUAAGACACAGAGACAGAUUUUAGUAAAUGAAAAUGUUCCACAGGAUUUGAGGCUCCAGGCAAAUGUUUUGGGAAUUAGUGAUUUAGUUGGAUGCAGCUCAACUGAAGGUGGAGGACACAGUUUUAGUUGUGUGUCUGGGUUACAUCUUGACUCUGAUACUGCAGUUGAUGUCAGGAAUAUGGCACUUGCGGGACAGGCUGUUCAAAGUCAUCAGAAUUUGGCUUCGACAUCAGAACCUUUGUCAUCUUACCGGUGUACCCAAGAGUCCAGAGAAGAAUUGUCUGAAUUCUCACUCAUCAAGUCUGAAGCAGUAUCAGUUCCUGCAGUCAUCAAGAAGAAGAACCCCAAGAUUUUGUUAUCAUCAGCAUCCGAGUCACAACAGAAAUGCGCGCCUACUUGUGAUUCUACUGCCAAUAUGACUGAUGCAAAACCACAACAUGUGGGGAACGCCUUGUUUGAAGCCCUCAGUGAGUCUGUUUAUUCAGAAGUUGCAGCGCUCAUUUCAUCCAAUGAGAAUCGCCCUCACUUCCUGAUCCAACUUUUCCGUGACCUUCAGAUGAUAAGCUCUGACCCUCUUCGCCAGAGGACAUUGCAGUCCAUCCAAGAAGUUGUGAGCCAGUACCUUGCCAACACAUUAGUGAACGGUCAUCAUCAGCCCCCGACUGACAGCCAACAGCUAGGUGAAAAUGAAAAUUUUCCAGUUCAAGAUGAGCACAUCAUGGAUGAGAAUGCUGUGUCCUGUGAUGAACAGAUUUCCAAGGACGAAGGAGGCCGUUAUCACUUGGCAGAAUCUUUGCCAUCCUCACUGAUGGGACCAGGUAGCGAGGCACACUGUUUACCGAACUUGGUUGCGAGACAUGAGUCAUGCUCUGGACCUCCCAGCAUUGCAGAGAGUGAGGAAGGGGCAGCAGCCCUGUUGCCGUCUGCCCAUUCUUCACCAAGAGCUCUUCCAAAGAAUGCAGCUUGGAACAUUAAGGAUGGACUCUCUUUACCCACCGAACUUCCAGGCCGCUCGAGCAAAUUGGACUGGGAGGUUCAGGCUGUGUUGGUGGAGUUGCUGCCUUUCCUGAAUACACAUCUGGAUGAAACAUGUUCCUCAUCUCUCCUCGAGGCUGUUCGAAGGCUCACACUGCAACUGGUGCGAGCACAGAACCUGUCCCUUAUUGCUAGCACUGCCCAGCAUUCCUCACAGCCAUCUCGUUUGGGUUGCUGCUACCAGGGACAACUUGAUGCUCUGCUGGAAGAUGCACUUCUCAAGUUCCAGGGCUGCAGACUCCGCGACAUCAGCGAGGAGUUACUGACUGUAGUUGCUGAAGUUUUGCUGAGUGAGCUCACAUUCCUGCGCCUUGUCGAUACUGUCAGCCGAGGAGACAGCAAUAAUGAAAGCAAUCAAGAAUGCUGCAGGAAUCCCGCAAUGAGGGACCAUGAUCCUGAGGAAUGUACAGAAAGCAGUGGAACCAUGCAUCAACCAGCUGAAGCAACUCAACAAUUUUUUACCUCAGAAGUUGGCAGUCGUGGUUACCAUGAUUCCCGAGAUGCUGGACUGAGUACCAAGGCUUACAAUGGAGAUCUAGCAGAGGCUGAUCAGUCACAUCAUGAAGAGUCAGCAGAUGCUGGCAUACCAGAACUAGAAGCAGAGAGUGCUGCAGCCAUGUCUGUUGCAGAGGAGGUCUCCAGUGAGGGGCAGAGCACCCAGGCUGAAGGUGUAGCUACUCCUGAUUCUUGCAUUAUGAAUAACACGACAAAUGCAACAGAGAAUCAGAUACAAGCAGAGGCCAUGGUCACAGCCAGUGAUGAUACUGGAGAUUUCAUUACGACAGAGGUAGAGGAGGAGUGGGAGGUUGAACAGGACAGGGAGCAAGGAUUAGACCAAGUCCCGACUCGCUUGUCUACUGAUCAGCCGAGAGCAGCAUCCUGCAGCGGCAGCAGCAUCCCAGAGCGAGACGGUCACAGCUUGGUACCACAUCCAGCAAACCAGCCAGAUGCUCCUAAUCCAUGAUGCUUAUGAAGAUGUUGCUGGCUCUAGUGCGUUGUGCAGUUAGUGCAAUCCCUGUAGGACUUCAAUGUGAUACAACAAGAUUUCAGCUGGAGUGGCCUUUCUUCAGUUGCUGGAUAAGUAAACACGUACUAGAGACAACUAUAUAAUUACAAAUUGAAACUAUGAGCUUUCAUUUCUGGAAAACAAAGAAAGGGAACAUGCAAAGUUGUAUUAAAACAGUUCUUGUUGCUUGAGUCUAUUUAAGGUUUCAUUAUUUUAUCUUGAUUUUAAGUAAAAAUGGAGUUGAAUAUGGAAAAUAUACUGCAGACAUCUCAUUAAAAAAAUACUAGUGUAAUAAACAGUGUCAACUGUAAACAUUGUUUUGGAUAUGUAUGUAGCAAUUAGCCCACUGUUUCUUUCAAACUUUCUUGACAAUAAAAGAUUAGCCCUUUGGUAAAAUGGUGUUU